AUGGAUGUUUUCAAGCGUGGCAAAGCUGCCACUUCAUAUUACCAGGGAGCAUUACCUAUUCGUUGGAUGGCACCUGAGUCAUUACUUCACAGAGUGUUUACACACAAAUCCGAUGUCUGGAGUUUUGGAGUUCUAUUAUGGGAGAUUGUCACACUUGGGUCGACGCCGUACCCGGGGCUGGGCGCGCGCGAGGUGGUGCGGCGCGUGCGGGCCGGCGGCCGCCUGGAGCGGCCCGCGCACUGCCGCCCGCAGCUGUACCGCGUGAUGGCGCGCUGCUGGGCCGCCGACCCGCAGCGCCGCCCCGACUUCUCCGAGCUGAAGCGCGAGCUGGGCGCGCUGGUGGAGGCGGCUGACGCCGGCGUCGACCUGGACCGCCUGCUGCUGGCGGGCGACCUGCCGCCCUCGCCGCCGCCCGCGCCGCAGGGCCCCGCCGGCCUGGGCCUGGGCAUGGGCCUGGGCAUGCAGACCGCCGACACCACCGCCUCCGACUCCACCGGCGUCUGA